AUGUGGAGCGGAAUCAACAACUGGAAGCUGCGAGAUAUUGCUCUGGCUUUGGGCUAUCACAGCAACGUUCAGAAGCCCUCGAACAUGACGGAUCCGGGACAGCUUGAAGUGAUCAAGCGGUAUGCAUUGCAGCUCCACGUACUCCAGCACCAGUAUAAAGCAGCUUACCCCUUGUACGAGGCUGCUCUGAGGAUAUCCCCCGAAGACCCUCACACGCUCGUUUGCCUGGCGACACUUCUUGUCAUUUCUUGUCGAUACCCCGCCGCAAAAUCGUGGCUGCGCGCAAUGGAGUUACUCAAGCAAGCCCGCACUUCAGCAGGGAGUGACAUCGUCAGCGCGUUGCACGAAAUCGAGCAGAAUGGAUUCCGCUGGGCGCUGUUUCUCCAGCCGAAGAACCCUCACGCAAUCGCGAACUUUGCGGUGUAUCUCCAGUGCGUUCACCUCGAUAUCGACAAGGCCGAGCUCCUCUAUCGACGAGCGCUUGAUCUGGAUCCAGCCAACGACCUGUUCGUCACAAACUUCCAGCGGUUGCAGGCCGAACGAACUCCAGGUCGAAUGUACGCUUUUGCCGGUCCGGGAACCAUCGCACUCGCACGAUCUUCGGAGCUGCGUCGCUGCGGGCCAGAGUCUCAAUGGCGAGAAAUGGCAGACCCUGCAGCACAGCCGCCUACGCCAAAACGAUUCUUCCACAACCUUCGCACUGGCAAGUGCACCUGGGAGCUCCCAACAGACGACGAGUCCAUGGAGACACCACUAUGA